CUGAUGUAUCAGACGACGUCGUGCGAUGCAUUAGGCAGCCGGCUCCCUCUUCCUCCUCCUCUCCGACGCCAUACCAUCAGCCCGGCAUCGGUCUCGACUAUUUGACCACCCGUGCUCUGACCUCCCACUUCUCGCAGAAGAGAGAAAGGAGAGUCAUUGAAUGGGAAGCGCUCCUAUUUACCCCUUUUGGUAAAUUGCUGGCGUGGAUUCGGAACCUUGGUUGUUGCCAAGCAAGCAGGCCACCGAUCGAAAAAUCUGCGAUCUCAUCGAAAGCGACCACUCUCUUCCUUUCUCUUCUCCUCCCUUUUCUUUUCCUCGUAGCCGAUCUCUUUUCUUCCCUCGUUCUCUUGAUAAACACGAUGAUGUCCGGCACAACGACGGCAGCAUCGACAUCGGUCCUCGAUGAUGUGGCUCGUCUCAGUUCAAGGCGAAAAUGCAAAGCGAGAACAAACAGGACCCGGCGGUUCGGCAUCAAGCCCUCGCUCCUCGUCACGACGCUCGCGGCAUGGGGUGCGCAAGCAGCUCCCGUCGUCGUUACAAUGGCGGGACGGAAAGAGGAGCACCUGCUUCUGCCUCGCAAGCCCGUCCUGUCCAAUUCGGACAUGAAGACAAUCGACGGCACGCCGCUAGAUGCCAUCAUUCUCAUCGUCGUCGCCCUGGGCUUUGCAUUCAUGUGCAUGUGUUAUACCCUCGUCAAUGCCUUUUGGUCCAGGGCUGGAGGGCGGAUCGUGCUCGAAGAGCGGGCGCGAGCAAAGACGGAGUUGCGGCUACGCGGGGCGACGAGGCGCGCCGGAUCGACUUCGCCGCCCGACACGCCGCACCCGACCAAUGCGGAUGGGACGCGGAGGUCGAGGACAGAGAUGAGCAUCGUCAGCAGCGCCUCGAGCAAUACCAAGUUGCUCUCGGGUGCCCAGAGGCCCGCCAUCUCGUCGUACAAUCGCACGAGCAGCUACGGACCCAAGAUUGACUCGAGCCGUCGCUCGCGCUCCUCGCGCACCUAUUCGGCAGCCAAUGCACGACCGGACGCGCAACCGUCGAUGUCGUCGAUGCUCGCGAUUCCUCAGCUGCCCGGAUCUACAAACUACAAUCCCUCAACGGGCAGCCUCUCAUCAGGGACGAGCAGCGGAAAUUCGAAUGGCAAUGGCCAACGCCGACCGCGCGGUCCUCGCGCAGACUCUGACCGCGUCAACAGAUCGAGCACGGUGGGCCGUGGAAUUGACUUGUCGAGGAACCGCAGCCUGAAAGAGCGAGCGGCCCCUCCUCACGUCAAUCCGCGCGCCGUGGAUCCCACAUAUGCAUCGCCGAUCACAUCGUACAAUGCUGCCCUUGCCCCCGAGAGCACGUCGACACACCCCCUCUUUUCGCCAAACGAGCUGCGCCGAUAUGUGACGGAGCCUUCGAGCCCGCAGCAGAUGAGGAGGGACAGCGUCUUGAGCACCCCUGAGCCUUGGAUGGCCGACGCCAAGUCAAGUAGUUCUGGCCAUGGGUCGGGCUCCCCAACGGUCCAGCAACCCAAUGUUGCAAGCAGACCACAGCACGACCGCCACAAUUCCAGGGGUAGGCCAAUUGCCAUGUACGAUUUCGAAUCGGAUGACUACGAUGCGACGGCAGCAAGCGGCCUCAUCAGCAGCGGCUACUACGACCAGCAACACAGCAACGGCCAGUCGCCAGCCCUGCCACCCAAGGCGGGUUGGUCAAAGUACUGGGCAUCAUAACGGGUGGGCUCUCCCUUGAAACGACUUAUCUACAUCAUUCUCAGCAUCAUUCUCAGCAUCGUCAAAUUCGAAUUACACAUGAUCUCCCCUCUCUAAAAGCGCACAUCGGUUCGAGAAGGGCGGCAAAAGCAGCCUUCCCUCUCAUUGUCACUUCAACACGACAGAGCCACACGGACGAUCACGACGACUUUAUGUUCUGCAACCGCAGUAGCAGCAGCAGCAGCAGCAGCAGCAGCAGCCUCUCCAUGGCCUGCCCCUCUUUGUUUUUCUCAUGUACUCUCUCCCCACGCCAGCGCGUCCACGCAACACGAACAAUGGCUUCACCUUCCUCUCCUGGUCUCUCAAGCCUCACAACUUUCACUGCCUUUCUCUUUCGCUCUCUCUUUCUUUCUUGUUACCUCUCUCUCUCUGUCUUCUCUCUCUUCUCCUUAGUAUUUCUUCCUCUCUUUUUUGAAUACACGAGGUUGCAAGGUGC